CGCCCAGGAAAUUACGUCAUGUGCGAGACCGGGCGUGCGUUAACGCUUAAAAAAACAGGGGAGCUUGCUUAAGGCAGUGCAGGGCGUUCCUGCGAUAGAAGCCUAAACGCGCAUGCGCAGUAUCGGGCGCAAUGUCAAAUCUCGUCCAAAUCUCGUUGACGUAAUCGCGAGAAGACGUACCCGGAAGUACUUUGGUCCAUGUGAACGUGCCGUGCUGGUCGGUGUGCGAGUUAGCUCGGAGAGUUUUGUAGAGUUUUUUUUGUUGUUGUUGUUGCUUUUAGCAUUUCUAGAGAAACUUUUAAGCAUGGCGACAUACCGGAAGAAGGUUGAUAAUCGGAUUCGUGUCCAGAUUGAGAAUGGAGUCGCACAGCGGUAUCGCACAAUGUUUGUGAUAGUAGGUGAUCACGGCAGAGACCAGGUUGUUAUUCUGCACCACAUGCUCUCCAAGGCCGCAGUGCGAGCACGACCCUCGGUCCUGUGGUGUUACAAGCACGAGCUUGGCUUCAGCAGUAACCGGAAGAAACGCAUGCGGCAGUUACAGAAAAAGAUCAAAACUGGUACUCUGAACCUCAAACAGGAUGAUCCCUUUGAGCUCUUCAUCGCUGCCACCAAUAUCCGUUAUUGUUACUACAAUGAAACUCACAAGAUUCUGGGCAACACCUAUGGCAUGUGUGUUCUACAGGAUUUUGAGGCGUUAACUCCCAACCUGCUGGCUCGAACCAUUGAAACAGUAGAAGGUGGUGGUAUCGUGGUCAUCUUGCUGAGGACCAUGAACUCACUGAAGCAGCUGUACACAAUGACAAUGGAUGUCCAUUCUCGCUACCGGACCGAGGCACAUCAGGAUGUUGUGGGAAGAUUCAACGAAAGAUUCCUACUGUCUCUUUCUUCCUGCAAGACCUGUAUAGUAACCGAUGAUCAACUCAAUGUUCUGCCGAUCUCCAAACACAACGCAAACAUCAAAGCUGUGCCACCUAAAACACAGGACGACGCUCUGCUGCCACAAGAGCAGGAACUAAAGGACCUGAAAGAAUCCCUGCAAGACACACAGUCAGUGGGUACUUUAGUAGACUGCUGUAAAACAAUGGACCAGGCCAAAGCUGUGUUGAAGUUCAUCGAGGCGAUUUCAGAAAAGACCCUACGGAGCACGGUAGCGCUCACCGCCGCUAGAGGACGGGGAAAGUCUGCGGCACUUGGAUUAGCUAUCGCUGGGGCUGUUUCGUUUGGCUAUUCCAACAUAUUCGUCACCUCGCCCAGCCCGGACAAUUUGCACACGUUAUUUGAGUUCAUAUUCAAAGGCUUGGAUUUGCUUCUCUACCAGGAACAUAUGGAUUACGAAAUAGUCCAAUCUUUGAAUCCUGAGUUUAAUAAAGCUGUGGUCAGAGUGAACAUCUUCAAGGAGCAUCGCCAGACCAUUCAGUACAUCCACCCUGCCGAUGCGGUCAAGUUGGGCCAGGCCGAGUUGGUGGUCAUUGAUGAGGCUGCUGCUAUCCCGUUGCCACUGGUGAAAAAUCUGCUUGGGCCUUAUCUUGUGUUCAUGGCUUCUACGAUCAAUGGGUAUGAAGGCACCGGGCGCUCUCUUUCUCUCAAACUGAUUCAGCAGCUGCGCCAGCAAAGCGCAGACAGCCAGCAGAGCCUCUCGGCUGAAAACAGCGCCACGAGCACAGCCAGAUUGGCUGCAGCGCGCUCGCUCCAUGAAGUUUCUCUCCAAGAGUCUAUUCGGUACGCUCAGGGAGAUCCUGUGGAGAAAUGGUUGAACGAACUCCUGUGUCUGGACUGCUUGAGCGUGCCGCGUAUCAUUUCAGGCUGUCCGUUGCCCGAAACCUGCAAUCUGUAUUAUGUGAACCGUGACACUCUUUUCUGUUACCACAAAGCCUCCGAAACCUUCCUCCAGCGUCUUAUGGCACUCUACGUAUCGUCUCACUAUAAGAACUCCCCCAAUGACCUACAGAUGCUCUCGGAUGCUCCAGCUCACCAUCUUUUCUGCUUGCUGCCUCCUGUUCCACACACACACAACUCUCUGCCAGAGGUCCUAGCAGUUGUGCAGGUGUGUUUGGAGGGGGAGAUUUCCCAAAAAUCCAUCCUCCACAGUUUGUCCAGAGGGAAGAAGGCUUCCGGAGACCUCAUCCCUUGGACUGUAUCGGAGCAAUUUCAAGAUUCUAAGUUCGGGAGCCUCUCAGGUGCAAGGGUGGUGCGAAUUGCGGUGAACCCUGACUACCAGGGGAUGGGUUAUGGGACCCGUGCUCUGCAGCUCCUUCAGCAGUACUAUCAGGGCGAGUUUCCGCUCUUGGAUGACAGUCAGCCGACCCCGGUUGCAUUCAACUCUGUCAGCAGUGAGGCCAUGAGCCUUUUAGAAGAGGUUGUGUCUCCUCGAAUGGAUCUACCACCCCUCUUGUUGAAGCUGAAUGAGAGGACCGCGGAAAGACUGGACUACUUGGGUGUCUCGUAUGGCCUCACGGCCCAGCUGCUCAAAUUCUGGAAAAAGGCUGGGUUUGUUCCAGUGUAUUUAAGACAAACUCCAAAUGACCUGACAGGGGAGCACUCGUGUGUAAUGCUGAAGGAACUGAACACGGAGGAUUCAGCAGAACCGAGUCACUGGCUGCCAGCUUUCUGGAAGGAUUUCCGACGGAGAUUCCUCUCUCUGCUCUCCUACCAGUUUAGCAGCUUCAGCCCCACGUUAGCCUUAAACGUACUGCAGAACAAGAACAUCAAAGACGACAGCCCGACAACUCUAACGGUCGCGGAAUUAACGGCCCAGUUCACCCCGUACGAUCUGACUCGUUUGGAAAUGUACUCCCGAAACAUGGUUGACUACCACCUGAUUAUGGACAUGGUGCCUGCCAUAGCACGGAUGUUCUUCCUCAAACGACUCGGCGAUACCUCGCUAUCGGCCGCACAGUCCGCUCUGCUCUUGGGACUUGGUUUACAGCACAAAUCGAUAGAUAAUCUAGAGAAAGAGAUUAAGCUGCCCAGCUCUCAGCUCAUGGGGCUGUUCAACCGUCUCAUGCGUAAAGUAGUCCACUUGUUCAACGCAACCCAGGAGAAGGCAAUCGAGGCGGAUAUGGUUCCCGUCAAAGAAGUUGACAUGGAACCGACUGCCCAGGCGUUGCACCGAGAAUUGGACGAGGCUGCCAAAGUGUUCGAAGAGAAACACAAGGAAGACAUGAUGAAGAUUAAGGAUAUGGAUCUUUCCCAGUACAUGAUUCGAGGCGAAGAUGAAGAAUGGACUGAAGUUCUGAAGAAAGCUGGCCAGACAGCAAUAGUGAGCAUCAAGAGUGAUAAGAAACGCAAACUGGAAGGGGAAAACAAGAAAGAGUUUCAAGGCAAGAAGAUGAAGAAAAAUACCAAGAAAAAGGGCAAAUUUUGAAAGAAACCAUAAUUACUAGACGAACAAAACCUUGUUUGUUGCCAUGCGUUUGUUGUUGUUUUUUUUUACAAUUAGUUAACAUGCAUUUAUCGAUACUGAACUGUACAUCCCAAUGCCUUAACCACUGAACUAUCACUUCCACUUGCAUAACAUUUUUAUUGUGCUGUACAUGAACCAUGAACAGGAGAUAUAUAAUAAAAAUACUCUCUCUCGCUCUCUCUCUCUCUCUCUCUCUCUCUCUCUCUCUCUAUAUAUAUAUAUAUAUAUUUUUUUUUUCUGGUUUAAUUUUUUUUGUAAUUUGGAUUUACUCCCUGCAAAAAUGACAUAAAGCCCACUGAAGUAUAUUGCAGGAAAAAAUGUUUUUUGAUUCAUUCAUGUAUGCUGUAGUACAUUCUGUAUAAUAAAGAGGUACUAUGUUCUUUUUUUAUGUUAAUAGAAUGUUUGUUAUUGCUUUUAACAUGAAAAAGUUUAUAGUAUUGAGGAAUGUGUGUAAGUAAUUAAUUGUAAAAAAAAAUAAAUAAAAAAACCCCAACAAAACAGCACCCCUGGAAACGAUGUAUAUGGCCUUCA